AUGAAUUCAAUCGAAUUUUACAUUUCGUGUCAUAUAUUCAAAGAGAUCUUAGAAUGCGUUCAAUAUUUACAUGAAUUAAAUCCCCCGGUCAUUCAUAGAGACCUUAAACCCGACAAUAUAUUAGUGGCGAAGACUGUAAGGAACGGCAGGUUUUUCAAAAUAUGUGACUUUGGUUUGGCUACUGUUCACCAGCACUCGUCAGAUAAGGGAGACCUGAGAUAUCAGGCACCAGAAGUGGGUCAGGGAGUGGUCUAUAACCAUAUGAUAGAUGUCUACACUUUGAAAUGUAUUCAGACAAUGAAGUUGUGAACAAAUGUGUGCUUAAAUUAAUACAAGUAUUGCAUUCAAUGUCAUAUUAUAACUGGGAUUACCCGGACAUACCCAGCUUACAUCACUGGACAGACAGACCCGAGUGUUCACAAGUAUUAUCGGAAUAUAACUUAUGGUCUAUUCAUGAGAAUUGUCUCAAAACUGAUCCCACAUUAAAACUCA